UCUUUCUAGAGUAUGAGAAGAUGCACUGGAAAUUCUAAUGUUGAACUCAUUUCACGACUAUGCGCUGAAAAAGUAAUCACAAAUGACAGAGUACAAAAGACUAUGCUCGAAGUCGAUCGACAGUUUUAUGCCACGAGAUGUCCAUAUGUCGAUUCACCUCAAGGUAUAGGCUAUGCUGUCACAAUAAGUGCGCCUCAUAUGCAUGCGUUUGCUCUGUCAACUUUAGAGAAACAGCUUAGACCUGGAAAGAAUGCUCUUGAUAUUGGAAGUGGCUCGGGAUAUUUAACUGCUUGUAUGGCCAAGAUGGUUGCACCAGACGGAAAAGCUACUGGAAUUGAUCACAUUCCGGAACUAGUGCAAAAAGCUCGGGGCAACAUUCUCAGAGGGAACCCCGAGCUUUUAGAUGGAGGCUGCCUUGAAAUAGUUGUUGGUGAUGGACGCAAAGGUUACGAACGGAAUGGGCCAUACGAUGCCAUUCAUGUUGGUGCCGCUGCUCCUGAAACGCCUUCGCAUUUGCUGUCCCAAUUAGCGCCAGGAGGUAGACUUCUAAUCCCAGUGGGGCCUCAGGGUGGAAAUCAAGUUAUGAUGCAAUAUGAUAAACACCAAUCUGGAGAAGUGACAUCUACUAAGCUGAUGGGCGUAAUAUACGUGCCUUUGACGGACGCUAAGUCUCAAUGGCCAUCUGCCGGGUUAAAUCAGUGAAAUUAUUGUUUAUAAACUAGUAUCGCUUAUUGUAAAUUGUUUUCAUUCGACUAGUUUUGGUUCUAUGUAAAUUAGGCUGAGGUUUAUACUCAGAAUUGUUUACAUCGUCUAGGUUUUUUAGUAAUUUAAAAAAUAAUUGAUGAAAAA